UCAUUUGAAGGUUUCAACUUUCAACGGUUUUCCGUCUAAUCUUGGCGAAUUUUUACUUGUUACAUGAUAAAAACUGUUUAUUUACACAAUGAAUCCGCUAAACUACAUAAGCGACGAAGAAUUCCUGCCUUUCCUCCAAAGUUUGGAAGUGGAGAGCGACAGAAAGUCGUUUGAAUGGAUGUUCAAUGAUCCUGAGCUUUCUGGUAUUUUGCAGUGGCUUUAUAAAAGUUUGGAUCACUCCAAUGCUUUAACUGCCCGUGAAAAAUAUAGAUAUGCAGAAAUUGAGCAGCAUCUCCUUUCUCCCGAAGACCUGGACCGCUACAUAACCUCGCUACAAGAGGAGUUCCCUGGGCUCUGCCUACCCGGAGACCAGGAGUCGCUGCAGGCAGCCAAGAUGGAUGUUCAGAUGCAGAAUGAGAGGCUGAAGAUGUUAGAGAAACAUGAGGCUAUUGUUAAGGAUCUUAUUAACAAGAAUGAUCUGGCAAAAGAAGAGUUAAGCCGAGAGAUCACCAAGCUUAACUCAGCGCAGCACCAGCUAGCCCAGGACGAGACAGCAUUAGCAGAAGAAUGUACAUCAUUAGCCGGGGAACUUGAGACACUCACUGAUGGUGUGGUUGAUGUGAUUGCUGAUAGCCUUACUUUAUAUAGCAGCGCACAUGGGGAUAAGGAAAUAGCAAAGAAAUUCCUCAGCUUUGGUCCAUUCGAGUCAUAUAAGCAAGCGCAGACACUAUACGCGUCCCAUUUCGACUUAUACGUGUCCCGCAAGUUCAGUAAGAGACAGAAUGAUACCGUUACCGAUGGGGAUCUACGGUGCGCUCUGAUCGAGGCAUCCGUUAUGGGAGAAAGAUUAUACAGCGCAGCGUUGGCAUACAUUGACGCUAAGACAGAGCUUUCUGGCGAGCAAGCGAAACUGGCUCUAGUUGCCAACUACCAGAACGUACAUCCCAGUAGAAUAGCUCAUUUGUCAUUAGAAGAGCAAGCAGCCUUAGACCUGGAACCAGAAGAGCCAAUACUUGACCAACAAAUACAAGACGCAGUGAAGGAAUUUGUUGAAGGCCGUACAAGGUUAGCGGCCGAAACCACUGCGAGGUCCGCUUUGGCUGUCAGAGAACGAAUCCACUCGGACCUGAGCCACCUCCUCGACGUGUCGCAGCAGGCCUUGUGCCUCGACCGCACGCUAUACUACUGUCUGCGCGCGGCGUUACGUAACGUUCAGGAGUUCCUGCAACUCUCGAGUCAGCUGAGAGAGUAUUAUACGUCCGAGAGCGCCGCGGCUGUUGACAGGAUCAAAUCAAUGAACGAGAUCAGCUACGAGCAGGAGUGUUGCUCGCGUCGGCUCGACUCGUCGGACCGCCUCCUCGACGCCCUGCGCGCCGUCCUCGACGUCGGCUCCGACGACGCGCUGCUCCUGCUUAAGGGCUACUGUGACCUGAGAACUGAGAUCUGUGCGUUAAGAGAACAUGUUUAUGAGGGCUACGAGAGUCGAGAACAAGCAUGUAGCAAUUUCCAAAAAGCCACCCUGCCCCUCCGCCAGUACAUCUGGGACGGCUGCAGCAAGCUGCCCAACUGCUGGAACACGGCGGUGGCCGCCAUGACGCAUCGUCUGCAGCGACACAUGGAGCAGGCCGAGAGGAAGGUCGCCGAGGCCGGUGGGAGCUUCUCAUCCGUUAAAAAUGGCGACAAGCAGGGUCUCCGCAAGCUGUGGCAGUACUUCCUGUCGGACCGCACCAGGCUGGCGGCCGCCAUGCGCGCCGCACACACCAGGAGCUUCUGUUAGUAUAUUAUUUAGUAGUGGUGUUGCCAUAUUGUAUAUUUAUUAUCGUGUAUAUUCUGCAAUAUAUUCCGCGGUGCCGGAAAAAUUACUCGAUACUAGGCAUACUUAACCAGGGCUCGGAACCGGUUUAUUUUUAAAUCCCGAAAUAGCCCAAUUUUUUUAAUUAUUUUAUACUCUUUACGUAGGACUGGAUCAUGUAUUUAGGUAACAAGUUCGCAAUAUUAGAUAGUCCCGUUGAAAAUGAAAUAAUAGACCAAAGAACGAAAAAGAACGUAAUAAUACCGGUAUUUUUUGUAUGAAGAAAAAACCGGUUCCGAGCCUUGUACUUAACCCUUUGACCACGGCUCGGAACCGGUUUUAAAAAUAGCGAUAAAUACCGGUUUAUUUCGGUUUUCCUCCGAACUUUAAUAAGAACGCGAACGUUUUAAGAACUUUAUUGUAACCUAAAUAAACCGGUUUAUUCGACGAGCGACGAGGUUUGUGCAUAUCUUGGUCUGACUAGAUAAUUUUGAAUGCUGUCAUUUUUUUACUACUGAAAGAUGUUGAGCAUAUAAAAGACGUUUAGUUUCGUAAAUUAUAUUUAAUUUAAAUAACUAUGUAACAGUAUAAAAUUCUAAAAUAAAUACUAAUUUUGAUCACA